GUGACAGUGACAGUGACAGCAACCGCGAUCAAAAACCUUUGCGAAAUCGCGAUAGGAAGUUGGAUCAGCUAACGCGACCGAGCGAGAGCAUAAAGAGACCGCGCCUGGGAAGUUGCCGGGUGAUCGAUUGAUUCACUUUGCAGAGAGCAACCGCCAGCCAACAAGCGCCAACCAAACCCAUGUCUGCAUCCGUUUCCGCCUCCGCCUCCUCCAACCUCCCAUCCGACGUUCGCUCAGGACCCCUCCGUCGCCUGAGCCAACUGCGUGCCUACACCCAGCAGCAUUUCUCUUCUUCUCAGCCAUCAUCGUCCUCCUCCUCCAGCGGCACCCGGCUGUCGCGCCGUCAUACCCUCAGCAGUCGAGUUUCCUGGUUUUCGCCCACCUCCACCGGUGCGGAUUCCUCGCAACUCUCGCCUGUGGGGUCUCGCACCUCGGGCCCAUGCCCCGAAAGUGAGCCACCGUCCACCCUCGCCCGCUAUAGUUCGGUGCUCUUCCCCAGCUACCGCGGCCUCGAGAUCGACCUGCGUCCUUCCCGUCAGGCUGAAACACCCAGUUCAUCUUCCAACGAAACCAGUGGCAUUCAGACGCAAGGAACGAUGGCGCGGCCCAGAGGAUCAUCCCAAGCCCUUGAUGCACGGCCUGAUCUGGAAGGAUCAAGUCAAUCCGCAUCAGCCAACCUCCAUGCGGGAGCCCUCGACUCGUCCGACCCGGUGAUGUCGGAGAAUCCGUCGUCCUCGUCCCCGCGACCGAAGCAGAAGGCGACCAUCCGCUUUUUUCCCCACCAAGACUCCCACCAGAGCUCCCGACCGUCCUUACCCUUUAUCCCGGUCUCGCGAACGCUCCCGUCCGACAACUGCAUCAUCCGCGUUGGUCGAUACUCCGAACGGGAUGGGCUGCCUGUGGCCAAUCCAACAGAUCCCUCCGAUGCCCCGGUCGGGUUCAAGUCGAAGGUCGUCAGUCGGAAGCAUUGCGAGUUCUUAUACUUGAACGGUCAGUGGCAUAUUAAGGAUGUCGGGAGCUCAUCGGGGACGUUUCUGAACCACAUGCGGCUGAGCCAGCCGAACAUGCCCUCUCGGCUGUAUACCGUGAAGGAUGGAGAUAUUGUGCAGCUUGGUAUUGACUUCAGGGGAGGCGAGGAGAUGAUUUUCCGCUGCGUCCGCAUACGGAUCGAGUGCAAUCGGUCAUGGCAGCAGCAGCCGAACGAGUUCAAUAAAAACACCGAGAGUCUCAUUAAGAAUCUGGGCAAGGGAGAUACAGCUGAUUAUUCUGGUUGUCGGGAAUGCUCAAUCUGUCUGGGCUCGGUUCUGCGGCCUUAUCAGUGUUUGUUCAUGGCGGCCUGCGCCCACGUCUGGCAUUAUAAAUGUGUCAGUCGCCUCAUCCACACGCCCGACUAUCCCAUGUUCCAGUGCCCCAACUGCCGCGCCUACACCGAUCUAAGCGCCGAGGUCGAUGACACGAACGAUUUCGACGAGGAGGAAGCCAAACAAGCUACCCCGGAGGACAAACGGGAUUCUUCAGACGGAUCGCGGUCGGGAACGACUUCCCCCCAGCUCGAAGCCGAACCUGUUCACACUGGCGACGAACCCCGCCAGGGCAGCCUGCCGAUUGAAGCGGGCCUAGCCGCCAAUAUUGAGAGCAUGCACCUUCAAGAAAUGGAUGCGUCGGAGGCUGCGCGGCGUCCACCUCCUCCCACUUCGAAUAAUGAUACUGUUUCUUCCAGUGUCGGCAAUGACGUACCUGGCUGGCAGUCGCUGAGCCAGUCUCCCAAUGCUCUCCCUACACGACAGUCACUUCUGCGUGCGGAUACUCCUGUUCGCUCGGAGUCAUCCGAGGACAAUCCUUUGACGCCUCUGAACGACUCGGGCCCUCUGGCCCUCGACGGCCGGGCCGCAAUGCCUUGAGCAACGCUGUGGUCUCGGCUUUUGGAUAUGCCGCUCGAAUAAUUCAACCAGUUGCAUUGCACAAUCGACUCUAGCCUAGUGCUGGACAGUCCUUGCAUGCAGUCUUCCGGACUGCGCCCUCGUUAAUAUAUGCAUCUCCUAUUGUUCCCGUUUGUUCUUUGCUU